AUGGCGGAACGAGCCCUCACCCAGCUGCUGAGCCAGCUCAAGCACUCGCCGUCGAUGAGUUACGAUGACGCAAACAAACUCCUCUCCAAGGCCAAGCUGGCCCUCCUCCGUCUACACGCGCUUACGCCGUCGCCGGCCGCCUCGCCGGCGCUCCUCGCCGCAGCUCGCGAGACGUACGAGCAGGGUGCCCUCUUCGCCAUUCGUGCCCGCAACCCCGACGCCUUUACCCGCUACGUCCAGCAGCUGCAGCCCUUUUAUGAGCUGCCCUCGGCCCGCCUCGCCCCCAACUUGCCUGAGCGCAACAAGGUCACCGGCCUCGGCCUGCUGCUGCUCCUCACCCAGGGCCGCUACGCCGAGUUCCACUCGGAGCUCGAGAGCCUCGCCAACCGGGACGGCGGCGGCACCGCCGGCGACGUCGAGGGCGACCGCUACUUGGGCUACCCUAUCCGUCUGGAGCGCUGGCUGAUGGAGGGCAGCUACGAUCGGGUAUGGAAGGCCAUGAAGAGCAGCGAGGUUCCAUGUGAUGAAUACAGCGUCUUUUCAGAGAUUCUAAAAAACCAGAUUCGCUCCGAGAUUGCGAGCAGCAGCGAGCGCGCAUACCCCAGCCUUCCCAUAAGCUCGACCAAGUCCCUCCUCUUCCUAGAUUCGGAAGGCGAAGUUAUACAGUUUGCCGAACACCGCGGCUGGCAUGUCCGUGAUGGCCAUAUCUACUUCCCCGACGAGGCUGCCGAUGCUGGUGAGGAUGCUGUACAGAGCAAGGAAAUGAGCCAAAUGGUCAUUGAAAACACACUGGGAUAUGCUAGGGAGCUGGAGACUAUAGUUUAG